AUGCCUCACAUCCCGUUGACACCUCGAGAGGCACGCGGAGUUCAUUGCUUCAAAAGGCUCAAGACGUAUGCCAACUUUCUAGAAGCACCUCAGGAGGAGGCUUCUCUCAGCAAUAGGCUCAAGACGUAUGCCAACUUUCCAGAAGCACCUCAGGAGGAGGUUUCUCUCAGCAAUAGGCUCAAGACGUAUGCCAACUUUCCAGAAGCACCUCAGGAGGAGGAUUCCCUCAGCAAUAGGCUCAAGACGUAUGCCAAGUUUCCAGAAGCACCUCAGGAGGAGGCUUCUCUCAGCAAUAGGCUCAAGACGUAUGCCAACUUUCCAGAAGCACCUCAGGAGGAGGCUUCUCUCAGCAAUAGGCUCAAGACGUAUGCCAACUUUCCAGAAGCACCUCAGGAGGAGGCUUCUCUCAGCAAUAGGCUCAAGACGUAUGCCAACUUUCCAGAAGCACCUCAGGAGGAGGCUUCUCUCAGCAAUAGGCUCAAGACGUAUGCCAACUUUCCAGAAGCACCUCAGGAGGAGGUUUCUCUCAGCAAUAGGCUCAAGACGUAUGCCAAAUUUCCAGAAGCACCUCAGGAGGAGGCUUCUCUCAGCAAUAGGCUCAAGACGUAUGCCAACUUUCCAGAAGCACCUCAGGAGGAGCUUUCUCUCAGCAAUAGGCUCAAGACGUAUGCCAACUUUCCAGAAGCACCUCAGGAGGAGGCUUCUCUCAGCAAUAGGCUCAAGACGUAUGCCAACUUUCCAGAAGCACCUCAGGAGGAGGCUUCUCUCAGCAAUAGGCUCAAGACGUAUGCCAACUUUCCAGAAGCACUUCAGGAGGAGGCUUCUCUCAGCAAUAGGCUCAAGACGUAUGCCAAAUUUCCAGAAGCACCUCAGGAGGAGGCUUCUCUCAGCAAUAGGCUCAAGACGUAUGCCAACUUUCCAGAAGCACCUCAGGAGGAGGCUUCUCUCAGCAAUAGGCUCCAGACGUAUGCCAACUUUCCAGAAGCACCUCAGGAGGAGCUUUCUCUCAGCAAUAGGCUCAAGACGUAUGCCAACUUUCCAGAAGCACCUCAGGAGGAGGCUUCUCUCAGCAAUAGGCUCAAGACGUAUGCCAACUUUCCAGAAGCACCUCAGGAGGAGGCUUCUCUCAGCAAUAGGCUCAAGACGUAUGCCAACUUUCCAGAAGCACUUCAGGAGGAGGCUUCUCUCAGCAAUAGGCUCAAGACGUAUGCCAACUUUCCAGAAGCACCUCAGGAGGAGGUUUCUCUCAGCAAUAGGCUCAAGACGUAUGCCAACUUUCCAGAAGCACCUCAGGAGGAGGCUUCUCUCAGCAAUAGGCUCAAGACGUAUGCCAAAUUUCCGGAAGCACCUCAGGAGGAGGCUUCUCUCAGCAAUAGGCUCAAGACGUAUGCCAACUUUCCAGAAGCACCUCAGGAGGAGGCUUCUCUCAGCAAUAGGCUCAAGACGUAUGCCAACUUUCCAGAAGCACCUCAGGAGGAGGCUUCUCUCAGCAAUAGGCUCAAGACGUAUGCCAAAUUUCCAGAAGCACCUCAGGAGGUGGCUUCUCUCAGCAAUAGGCUCAAGACGUAUGCCAACUUUCCAGAAGCACCUCAGGAGGAGGCUUCUCUCAGCAAUAGGCUCAAGACGUAUGCCAACUUUCCAGAAGCACCUCAGGAGGAGGCAUCUCUCAGCAAUAGGCUCAAGACGUAUGCCAAGUUUCCAGAAGCACCUCAGGAGGAGGCUUCUCUCAGCAAUAGGCUCAAGGCGUAUGCCAACUUUCCAGAAGCACCUCAGGAGGAGGCUUCUCUCAGCAAUAGGCUCAAGACGUAUGCCAACUUUCCAGAAGCACCUCAGGAGGAGUCUUCUCUCAGCAAUAGGCUCAAGACGUAUGCCAACUUUCCAGAAGCACCUCAGGAGGAGGUUUCUCUCAGCAAUAGGCUAAAGACGUAUGCCAACUUUCCAGAAGCACCUCAGGAGGAGGCUUCUCUCAGCAAUAGGCUCAAGACGUAUGCCAACUUUCCAGAAGCACCUCAGGAGGAGGCUUCUCUCAGCAAUAGGCUCAAGACGUAUGCCAACUUUCCAGAAGCACCUCAGGAGGAGGCUUCUCUCAGCAAUAGGCUCAAGACGUAUGCCAAAUUUCCAGAAGCACCUCAGGAGGAGGCUUCUCUCAGCAAUAGGCUCAAGACGUAUUCCAAGUUUCCAGAAGCACCUCAGGAGGAGGCUUCUCUCAGCAAUAGGCUCAAGGCCUAUGCCAACUUUCCAGAAGCACAUCAAGAGGAGGCUUCUCUCAGCAAUAGGCUCAAGACGUAUGCCAACUUUCCAGAAGCACCUCAGGAGGAGGCUUCUCUCAGCAAUAGGCUCAAGAUGUAUGCCAAAUUUCCAGAAGCACCUCAGGAGGAGGCUUCUCUCAGCAAUAGGCUAAAGACGUAUGCCAACUUUCCAGAAGCACCUCAGGAGGAGUCUUCUCUCAGCAAUAGGCUCAAGACGUAUGCCAACUUUCCAGAAGCACCUCAGGAGGAGGCUUCUCUCAGCAAUAGGCUCAAGACGUAUGCCAAAUUUCCAGAAGCACCUCAGGAGGAGGCUUCUCUCAGCAAUAGGCUCAAGACGUAUGCCAAGUUUCCAGAAGCACCUCAGGAGGAGGCUUCUCUCAGCAAUAGGCUCAAGACGUAUGCCAACUUUCCAGAAGCACCUCAGGAGGAGGCUUCUCUCAGCAAUAGGCUCAAGACGUAUGCCAACUUUCCAGAAGCACCUCAGGAGGAGGCUUCUCUUAGCAAUAGGCUCAAGACGUAUGCCAACUUUCCAGAAGCACCUCAGGAGGAGGCUUCUCUCAGCAAUAGGCUCAAGAUGUAUGCCAAAUUUCCAGAAGCACCUCAAGAGGAGGCUUCUCUCAGCAAUAGGCUCAAGACGUAUGCCAACUUUCCAGAAGCACCUCAGGAGGAGGCUUCUCUCAGCAAUAGGCUCAAGACGUAUGCCAACUUUCCAGAAGCACCUCAGGAGAAGGCUUCUCUCAGCAAUAGGCUCAAGACGUAUGCCAACUUUCCAGAAGCACCUCAGGAGGAGGCUUCUCUCAGCAAUAGGCUCAAGACGUAUGCCAACUUUCCAGAAGCACCUCAGGAGGAGGAUUCUCUCAGCAAUAGGCUCAAGACGUAUGCCAACUUUCAAGAAGCACCUCAGGAGGAGGCUUCUCUCAGCAAUAGGCUCAAGACCUAUGCCAACUUUCCAGAAGCACCUCAGGAGGAGGCUUCUCUCAGCCAUAGGCUCAAGACGUAUGCCAACUUUCCAGAAGCACCUCAGGAGGAGGCUUCUCUCAGCAAUAGGCUCAAGACGUAUGCCAACUUUCCAGAAGCACCUCAGGAGGAGGAUUCUCUCAGCAAUAGGCUCAAGACGUAUGCCAACUUUCAAGAAGCACCUCAGGAGGAGGCUUCUCUCAGCAAUAGGCUCAAGACCUAUGCCAACUUUCCAGAAGCACCUCAGGAGGAGGCUUCUCUCAGCCAUAGGCUCAAGACGUAUGCCAACUUUCCAGAAGCACCUCAGGAGGAGGCUUCUCUCAGCAAUAGGCUCAAGACGUAUGCCAACUUUCCAGAAGCACCUCAGGAGGAGGCUUCUCUCAGCAAUAGGCUCAAGACGUAUGCCAACUUUCCAGAAGCACCUCAGGAGGAGGCUUCUCUCAGCAAUAGGCUCAAGACGUAUGCCAACUUUCCAGAAGAACCUCAGGAGGAGGCUUCUCUCAGCAAUAGGCUCAAGACAUAUGCCAACUUUCCAGAAGCACCUCAGGAGGAGGCUUCUCUCAGCAAUAGGCUCAAGACGUAUGCCAAAUUUCCAGAAGCACCUCAGGAGGAGGCUUCUCUCAGCAAUAGGCUCAAGACGUAUGCCAAGUUUCCAGAAGCACCUCAGGAGGAGGCUUCUCUCAGCAAUAGGCUCAAGACGUAUGCCAACUUUCCAGAAGCACCUCAGGAGGAGGCUUCUCUCAGCAAUAGGCUCAAGACGUAUGCCAACUUUCCAGAAGCACCUCAGGAGGAGGCUUCUCUUAGCAAUAGGCUCAAGACGUAUGCCAACUUUCCAGAAGCACCUCAGGAGGAGGCUUCUCUCAGCAAUAGGCUCAAGAUGUAUGCCAAAUUUCCAGAAGCACCUCAAGAGGAGGCUUCUCUCAGCAAUAGGCUCAAGACGUAUGCCAACUUUCCAGAAGCACCUCAGGAGGAGGCUUCUCUCAGCAAUAGGCUCAAGACGUAUGCCAACUUUCCAGAAGCACCUCAGGAGAAGGCUUCUCUCAGCAAUAGGCUCAAGACGUAUGCCAACUUUCCAGAAGCACCUCAGGAGGAGGCUUCUCUCAGCAAUAGGCUCAAGACGUAUGCCAACUUUCCAGAAGCACCUCAGGAGGAGGAUUCUCUCAGCAAUAGGCUCAAGACGUAUGCCAACUUUCAAGAAGCACCUCAGGAGGAGGCUUCUCUCAGCAAUAGGCUCAAGACCUAUGCCAACUUUCCAGAAGCACCUCAGGAGGAGGCUUCUCUCAGCCAUAGGCUCAAGACGUAUGCCAACUUUCCAGAAGCACGUCAGGAGGAGGCUUCUCUCAGCAAUAGGCUCAAGACGUAUGCCAACUUUCCAGAAGCACCUCAGGAGGAGGCUUCUCUCAGCAAUAGGCUCAAGACGUAUGCCAACUUUCCAGAAGCACCUCAGGAGGAGGCUUCUCUCAGCAAUAGGCUCAAGACGUAUGCCAACUUUCCAGAAGAACCUCAGGAGGAGGCUUCUCUCAGCAAUAGGCUCAAGACAUAUGCCAACUUUCCAGAAGCACCUCAGGAGGAGGCUUCUCUCAGCAAUAGGCUCAAGACGUAUGCCAACUUUCCAGAAGCACCUCAGGAGGAGGCUUCUCUCAGCAAUAGGCUCAAGACGUAUGCCAACUUUCCAGAAGCACCUCAGGAGGAGGCUUCUCUCAGCAAUAGGCUCAAGACGUAUGCCAACUUUCCAGAAGAACCUCAGGAGGAGGCUUCUCUCAGCAAUAGGCUCAAGACGUAUGCCAACUUUCCAGAAGCACCUCAGGAGGAGGCUUCUCUCAGCAAUAGGCUCAAGACGUAUGCCAACUUUCCAGAAGCACCUCAGGAGGAGGCUUCUCUCAGCAAUAGGCUCAAGACGUAUGCCAACUUUCCAGAAGCACCUCAGGAGGAGGCUUCUCUCAGCAAUAGGCUCAAGACCUAUGCCAACUUUCCAGAAGCACCUCAGGAGGAGGCUUCUCUCAGCCAUAGGCUCAAGACGUAUGCCAACUUUCCAGAAGCACGUCAGGAGGAGGCUUCUCUCAGCAAUAGGCUCAAGACGUAUGCCAACUUUCCAGAAGCACCUCAGGAGGAGGCUUCUCUCAGCAAUAGGCUCAAGACGUAUGCCAACUUUCCAGAAGCACCUCAGGAGGAGGCUUCUCUCAGCAAUAGGCUCAAGACGUAUGCCAACUUUCCAGAAGAACCUCAGGAGGAGGCUUCUCUCAGCAAUAGGCUCAAGACAUAUGCCAACUUUCCAGAAGCACCUCAGGAGGAGGCUUCUCUCAGCAAUAGGCUCAAGACGUAUGCCAACUUUCCAGAAGCACCUCAGGAGGAGGCUUCUCUCAGCAAUAGGCUCAAGACGUAUGCCAACUUUCCAGAAGCACCUCAGGAGGAGGCUUCUCUCAGCAAUAGGCUCAAGACGUAUGCCAACUUUCCAGAAGAACCUCAGGAGGAGGCUUCUCUCAGCAAUAGGCUCAAGACGUAUGCCAACUUUCCAGAAGCACCUCAGGAGGAGGCUUCUCUCAGCAAUAGGCUCAAGGCGUAUGCCAACUUUCCAGAAGCACCUCAGGAGGAGGCUUCUCUCAGCAAUAGGCUCAAGACGUAUGCCAACUUUCCAGAAGCACCUCAGGAGGAGGCUUCUCUCAGCAAUAGGCUCAAGACGUAUGCCAACUUUCCAGAAGCACCUCAGGAGGAGGCUUCUCUCAGCAAUAGGCUCAAGACGUAUGCCAACUUUCCAGAAGCACCUCAGGAGGAGGCUUCUCUCAGCAAUAGGCUCAAGACGUAUGCCAACUUUCCAGAAGCACGUCAGGAGGAGGCUUCUCUCAGCAAUAGGCUCAAGACGUAUGCCAACUUUCCAGAAGCACCUCAGGAGGAGGCUUCUCUCAGCAAUAGGCUCAAGACGUAUGCCAACUUUCCAGAAGAACCUCAGGAGGAGGCUUCUCUCAGCAAUAGGCUCAAGACCUAUGCCAACUUUCCAGAAGCACCUCAGGAGGAGGCUUCUCUCAGCCAUAGGCUCAAGACGUAUGCCAACUUUCCAGAAGCACCUCAGGAGGAGGCUUCUUUCAGCAAUAGGCUCAAGACGUAUGCCAACUUUCCAGAAGCACCUCAGGAGGAGGCUUCUCUCAGCAAUAGGCUCAAGACGUAUGCCAACUUUCCAGAAGCACCUCAGGAGGAGGUUUCUCUCAGCAAUAGGCUCAAGACGUAUGCCAACUUUCCAGAAGCACCUCAGGAGGAGGCUUCUCUCAGCAAUAGGCUCAAGACGUAUGCCAACUUUCCAGAAGCACCUCAGGAGGAGGCUUCUCUCACCAAUAGGCUCAAGACGUAUGCCAACUUUCCAGAAGCACCUCAGGAGGAGGCUUCUCUCAGCAAUAGGCUCAAGACGUAUGCCAACUUUCCAGAAGCACCUCAGGAGGAGGCUUCUCUCAGCAAUAGGCUCAAGACGUAUGCCAACUUUCCAGAAGCACCUCAGGAGGAGGCUUCUCUCAGCAAUAGGCUCAAGACGUAUGCCAACUUUCCAGAAGCACCUCAGGAGGAGGCUUCUCUCAGCAAUAGGCUCAAGACGUAUGCCAACUUUCCAGAAGCACCUCAGGAGGAGGCUUCUCUCAGCAAUAGGCUCAAGACGUAUGCCAACUUUCCAGAAGCACCUCAGGAGGAGGCUUCUCUCAGCAAUAGGCUCAAGACGUAUGCCAACUUUCCAGAAGCACCUCAGGAGGAGGCUUCUCUCAGCAAUAGGCUCAAGACGUAUGCCAACUUUCCAGAAGCACCUCAGGAGGAGGCUUCUCUCAGCAAUAGGCUCAAGACGUAUGCCAACUUUCCAGAAGCACCUCAGGAGGAGGCUUCUCUCAGCAAUAGGCUCAAGACGUAUGCCAACUUUCCAGAAGCACCUCAGGAGGAGGCUUCUCUCAGCAAUAGGCUCAAGACGUAUGCCAACUUUCCAGAAGCACCUCAGGAGGAGGCUUCUCUCAGCAAUAGGCUCAAGACGUAUGCCAACUUUCCAGAAGCACCUCAGGAGGAGGCUUCUCUCAGCAAUAGGCUCAAGACGUAUGCCAACUUUCCAGAAGCACCUCAGGAGGAGGCUUCUCUCAGCAAUAGGCUCAAGACGUAUGCCAACUUUCCAGAAGCACCUCAGGAGGAGGCUUCUCUCAGCAAUAGGCUCAAGACGUAUGCCAACUUUCCAGAAGCACCUCAGGAGGAGGCUUCUCUCAGCAAUAGGCUCAAGACGUAUGCCAACUUUCCAGAAGCACCUCAGGAGGAGGCUUCUCUCAGCAAUAGGCUCAAGACGUAUGCCAACUUUCCAGAAGCACCUCAGGAGGAGGCUUCUCUCAGCAAUAGGCUCAAGACGUAUGCCAACUUUCCAGAAGCACCUCAGGAGGAGGCUUCUCUCAGCAAUAGGCUCAAGACGUAUGCCAACUUUCCAGAAGCACCUCAGGAGGAGGCUUCUCUCAGCAAUAGGCUCAAGACGUAUGCCAACUUUCCAGAAGCACCUCAGGAGGAGGCUUCUCUCAGCAAUAGGCUCAAGACGUAUGCCAACUUUCCAGAAGCACCUCAGGAGGAGGCUUCUCUCAGCAAUAGGCUCAAGACGUAUGCCAACUUUCCAGAAGCACCUCAGGAGGAGGCUUCUCUCAGCAAUAGGCUCAAGACGUAUGCCAACUUUCCAGAAGCACCUCAGGAGGAGGCUUCUCUCAGCAAUAGGCUCAAGACGUAUGCCAACUUUCCAGAAGCACCUCAGGAGGAGGCUUCUCUCAGCAAUAGGCUCAAGACGUAUGCCAACUUUCCAGAAGCACCUCAGGAGGAGGCUUCUCUCAGCAAUAGGCUCAAGACGUAUGCCAACUUUCCAGAAGCACCUCAGGAGGAGGCUUCUCUCAGCAAUAGGCUCAAGACGUAUGCCAACUUUCCAGAAGCACCUCAGGAGGAGGCUUCUCUCAGCAAUAGGCUCAAGACGUAUGCCAACUUUCCAGAAGCACCUCAGGAGGAGGCUUCUCUCAGCAAUAGGCUCAAGACGUAUGCCAACUUUCCAGAAGCACCUCAGGAGGAGGCUUCUCUCAGCAAUAGGCUCAAGACGUAUGCCAACUUUCCAGAAGCACCUCAGGAGGAGGCUUCUCUCAGCAAUAGGCUCAAGACGUAUGCCAACUUUCCAGAAGCACCUCAGGAGGAGGCUUCUCUCAGCAAUAGGCUCAAGACGUAUGCCAACUUUCCAGAAGCACCUCAGGAGGAGGCUUCUCUCAGCAAUAGGCUCAAGACGUAUGCCAACUUUCCAGAAGCACCUCAGGAGGAGGCUUCUCUCAGCAAUAGGCUCAAGACGUAUGCCAACUUUCCAGAAGCACCUCAGGAGGAGGCUUCUCUCAGCAAUAGGCUCAAGACGUAUGCCAACUUUCCAGAAGCACCUCAGGAGGAGGCUUCUCUCAGCAAUAGGCUCAAGACGUAUGCCAACUUUCCAGAAGCACCUCAGGAGGAGGCUUCUCUCAGCAAUAGGCUCAAGACGUAUGCCAACUUUCCAGAAGCACCUCAGGAGGAGGCUUCUCUCAGCAAUAGGCUCAAGACGUAUGCCAACUUUCCAGAAGCACCUCAGGAGGAGGCUUCUCUCAGCAAUAGGCUCAAGACGUAUGCCAACUUUCCAGAAGCACCUCAGGAGGAGGCUUCUCUCAGCAAUAGGCUCAAGACGUAUGCCAACUUUCCAGAAGCACCUCAGGAGGAGGCUUCUCUCAGCAAUAGGCUCAAGACGUAUGCCAAAUUUCCAGAAGGACCUCAGGAGGAGGCUUCUCUCAGCAAUAGGCUCAAGACGUAUGCCAACUUUCCAGAAGCACCUCAGGAGGAGGCUUCUCUCAGCAAUAGGCUCAAGACGUAUGCCAACUUUCCAGAAGCACCUCAGGAGGAGGCUUCUCUCAGCAAUAGGCUCAAGACGUAUGCCAACUUUCCAGAAGCACCUCAGGAGGAGGCUUCUCUCAGCAAUAGGCUCAAGACGUAUGCCAACUUUCCAGAAGCACCUCAGGAGGAGGCUUCUCUCAGCAAUAGGCUCAAGACGUAUGCCAACUUUCCAGAAGCACCUCAGGAGGAGGCUUCUCUCAGCAAUAGGCUCAAGACGUAUGCCAACUUUCCAGAAGCACCUCAGGAGGAGGCUUCUCUCAGCAAUAGGCUCAAGACGUAUGCCAACUUUCCAGAAGCACCUCAGGAGGAGGCUUCUCUCAGCAAUAGGCUCAAGACGUAUGCCAACUUUCCAGAAGCACCUCAGGAGGAGGCUUCUCUCAGCAAUAGGCUCAAGACGUAUGCCAACUUUCCAGAAGCACCUCAGGAGGAGGCUUCUCUCAGCAAUAGGCUCAAGACGUAUGCCAACUUUCCAGAAGCACCUCAGGAGGAGGCUUCUCUCAGCAAUAGGCUCAAGACGUAUGCCAACUUUCCAGAAGCACCUCAGGAGGAGGCUUCUCUCAGCAAUAGGCUCAAGACGUAUGCCAACUUUCCAGAAGCACCUCAGGAGGAGGCUUCUCUCAGCAAUAGGCUCAAGACGUAUGCCAACUUUCCAGAAGCACCUCAGGAGGAGGCUUCUCUCAGCAAUAGGCUCAAGACGUAUGCCAACUUUCCAGAAGCACCUCAGGAGGAGGCUUCUCUCAGCAAUAGGCUCAAGACGUAUGCCAACUUUCCAGAAGCACCUCAGGAGGAGGCUUCUCUCAGCAAUAGGCUCAAGACGUAUGCCAACUUUCCAGAAGCACCUCAGGAGGAGGCUUCUCUCAGCAAUAGGCUCAAGACGUAUGCCAAAAUUCCAGAAGCACCUCAGGAGGAGGCUUCUCUCAGCAAUAGGCUCAAGACGUAUGCCAACUUUCCAGAACCACCUCAGGAGGAGGCUUCUCUCAGCAAUAGGCUCAAGACAUAUGCCAACUUUCCAGAAGCACCUCAGGAGGAGGCUUCUCUCAGCAAUAGGCUCAAGACGUAUGCCAACUUCCUAGAAGCACCUCAGGAGGAGGCUUCUCUCAGCAAUAGGCUCAAGACGUAUGCCAACUUUCCAGAAGCACCUCAGGAGGAGGCUUCUCUCAGCAAUAGGCUCAAGACGUAUGCCAACUUUCCAGAAGCACCUCAGGAGGAGCCUUCUCUCAGCAAUAGGCUCAAGACGUAUGCCAACUUUCCAGAAGCACCUCAGGAGGAGGCUUCUCUCAGCAGUAGGCUCAAGACGUAUGCCAACUUUCCAGAAGCACCUCAGGAGGAGGCUUCUCUCAGCAGUAGGCUCAAGACGUAUGCCAACUUUCCAGAAGCACCUCAGGAGGAGGCUUCUCUCAGCAGUAGGCUCAAGACGUAUGCCAACUUUCCAGAAGCACCUCAGGAGGAGGCUUCUCUCAGCAGUAGGCUCAAGACGUAUGCCAACUUUCCAGAAGCACCUCAGGAGGAGGCUUCUCUCAGCAGUAGGCUCAAGACGUAUGCCAACUUUCCAGAAGCACCUCAGGAGGAGGCUUCUCUCAGCAGUAGGCUCAAGACGUAUGCCAACUUUCCAGAAGCACCUCAGGAGGAGGCUUCUCUCAGCAGUAGGCUCAAGACGUAUGCCAACUUUCCAGAAGCACCUCAGGAGGAGGCUUCUCUCAGCAGUAGGCUCAAGACGUAUGCCAACUUUCCAGAAGCACCUCAGGAGGAGGCUUCUCUCAGCAGUAGGCUCAAGACGUAUGCCAACUUUCCAGAAGCACCUCAGGAGGAGGCUUCUCUCAGCAGUAGGCUCAAGACGUAUGCCAACUUUCUAGAAGCACCUCAGGAGGAGGCUUCUCUCAGCAAUAGGCUCAAGACGUAUGCCAACUUUCUAGAAGCACCUCAGGAGGAGGCUUCUCUCAGCAAUAGGCUCAAGACGUAUGCCAACUUUCCAGAAGCACCUCAGGAGGAGGCUUCUCUCAGCAAUAGGCUCAAGACGUAUGCCAACUUUCCAGAAGCACCUCAGGAGGAGGCUUCUCUCAGCAAUAGGCUCAAGACGUAUGCCAACUUUCCAGAAGCACCUCAGGAGGAGGCUUCUCUCAGCAAUAGGCUCAAGACGUAUGCCAACUUUCCAGAAGCACCUCAGGAGGAGGCUUCUCUCAGCAAUAGGCUCAAGACGUAUGCCAAAUUUCCAGAAGCACCUCAGGAGGAGGCUUCUCUCAGCAAUAGGCUCAAGACGUAUGCCAACUUUCUAGAAGCACCUCAGGAGGAGGCUUCUCUCAGCAAUAGGCUCAAGACGUAUGCCAACUUUCUAGAAGCACCUCAGGAGGAGGCUUCUCUCAGCAAUAGGCUCAAGACGUAUGCCAACUUUCCAGAAGCACCUCAGGAGGAGGCUUCUCUCAGCAAUAGGCUCAAGACGUAUGCCAACUUUCCAGAAGCACCUCAGGAGGAGGCUUCUCUCAGCAAUAGGCUCAAGACGUAUGCCAAAUUUCCAGAAGCACCUCAGGAGGAGGCUUCUCUCAGCAAUAGGCUCAAGACGUAUGCCAACUUUCCAGAAGCACCUCAGGAGGAGGCUUCUCUCAGCAAUAGGCUCAAGACGUAUGCCAACUUUCCAGAAGCACCUCAGGAGGAGGCUUCUCUCAACAAUAGGCUCAAGACGUAUGCCAACUUUCCAGAAGCACCUCAGGAGGAGGCUUCUCUCAGCAAUAGGCUCAAGACGUAUGCCAACUUUCCAGAAGCACCUCAGGAGGAGGCUUCUCUCAGCAAUAGGCUCAAGACGUAUGCCAACUUUCCAGAAGCACCUCAGGAGGAGGCUUCUCUCAGCAAUAGGCUCAAGACGUAUGCCAACUUUCCAGAAGCACCUCAGGAGGAGGCUUCUCUCAGCAAUAGGCUCAAGACGUAUGCCAACUUUCCAGAAGCACCUCAGGAGGAGGCUUCUCUCAGCAAUAGGCUCAAGACGUAUGCCAACUUUCCAGAAGCACCUCAGGAGGAGGCUUCUCUCAGCAAUAGGCUCAAGACGUAUGCCAACUUUCCAGAAGCACCUCAGGAGGAGGCUUCUCUCAGCAAUAGGCUCAAGACGUAUGCCAACUUUCCAGAAGCACCUCAGGAGGAGGCUUCUCUCAGCAAUAGGCUCAAGACGUAUGCCAACUUUCCAGAAGCACCUCAGGAGGAGGCUUCUCUCAGCAAUAGGCUCAAGACGUAUGCCAACUUUCCAGAAGCACCUCAGGAGGAGGCUUCUCUCAGCAAUAGGCUCAAGACGUAUGCCAACUUUCCAGAAGCACCUCAGGAGGAGGCUUCUCUCAGCAAUAGGCUCAAGACGUAUGCCAACUUUCCAGAAGCACAUCAGGAGGAGGCUUCUCUCAGCAAUAGGCUCAAGACGUAUGCCAACUUUCCAGAAGCACCUCAGGAGGAGGCUUCUCUCAGCAAUAGGCUCAAGACGUAUGCCAACUUUCCAGAAGCACCUCAGGAGGAGGCUUCUCUCAGCAAUAGGCUCAAGACGUAUGCCAACUUUCCAGAAGCACCUCAGGAGGAGGCUUCUCUCAGCAAUAGGCUCAAGACGUAUGCCAACUUUCCAGAAGCACCUCAGGAGGAGGCUUCUCUCACCAAUAGGCUCAAGACGUAUGCCAACUUUCCAGAAGCACCUCAGGAGGAGGCUUCUCUCAGCAAUAGGCUCAAGACGUAUGCCAACUUUGCAGAAGCACCUCAGGAUGAGGCUUCUCUCAGCAAUAGGCUCAAGACGUAUGCCAACUUUCCAGAAGCACCUCAGGAGGAGGCUUCUCUCAGCAAUAGGCUCAAGACGUAUGCCAACUUUCCAGAAGCACCUCAGGAGGAGGCUUCUCUCAGCAAUAGGCUCAAGACGUAUGCCAACUUUCCAGAAGCACCUCAGGAGGAGGCUUCUCUCACCAAUAGGCUCAAGACGUAUGCCAACUUUCCAGAAGCACCUCAGGAGGAGGCUUCUCUCAGCAAUAGGCUCAAGACGUAUGCCAACUUUGCAGAAGCACCUCAGGAUGAGGCUUCUCUCAGCAAUAGGCUCAAGACGUAUGCCAACUUUCCAGAAGCACCUCAGGAGGAGGCUUCUCUCAGCAAUAGGCUCAAGACGUAUGCCAACUUUCCAGAAGCACCUCAGGAGGAGGCUUCUCUCAGCAAUAGGCUCAAGACGUAUGCCAACUUUCCAGAAGCACCUCAGGAGGAGGCUUCUCUCAGCAAUAGGCUCAAGACGUAUGCCAACUUUCCAGAAGCACCUCAGGAGGAGGCUUCUCUCAGCAAUAGGCUCAAGACGUAUGCCAACUUUCCAGAAGCACCUCAGGAGGAGGCUUCUCUCAGCAAUAGGCUCAAGACGUAUGCCAACUUUCCAGAAGCACCUCAGGAGGAGGCUUCUCUCAGCAAUAGGCUCAAGACGUAUGCCAACUUUCCAGAAGCACCUCAGGAGGAGGCUUCUCUCAGCAAUAGGCUCAAGACGUAUGCCAACUUUCCAGAAGCACCUCAGGAGGAGGCUUCUCUCACCAAUAGGCUCAAGACGUAUGCCAACUUUCCAGAAGCACCUCAGGAGGAGGCUUCUCUCAGCAAUAGGCUCAAGACGUAUGCCAACUUUCCAGAAGCACCUCAGGAGGAGGCUUCUCUCAGCAAUAGGCUCAAGACGUAUGCCAACUUUCCAGAAGCACCUCAGGAGGAGGCUUCUCUCAGCAAUAGGCUCAAGACGUAUGCCAACUUUCCAGAAGCACCUCAGGAGGAGGCUUCUCUCAGCAAUAGGCUCAAGACGUAUGCCAACUUUCCAGAAGCACCUCAGGAGGAGGCUUCUCUCAGCAAUAGGCUCAAGACGUAUGCCAACUUUCCAGAAGCACCUCAGGAGGAGGCUUCUCUCAGCAAUAGGCUCAAGACGUAUGCCAACUUUCCAGAAGCACCUCAGGAGGAGGCUUCUCUCAGCAAUAGGCUCAAGACGUAUGCCAACUUUCCAGAAGCACCUCAGGAGGAGGCUUCUCUCAGCAAUAGGCUCAAGACGUAUGCCAACUUUCCAGAAGCACCUCAGGAGGAGGCUUCUCUCACCAAUAGGCUCAAGACGUAUGCCAACUUUCCAGAAGCACCUCAGGAGGAGGCUUCUCUCAGCAAUAGGCUCAAGACGUAUGCCAACUUUGCAGAAGCACCUCAGGAUGAGGCUUCUCUCAGCAAUAGGCUCAAGACGUAUGCCAACUUUCCAGAAGCACCUCAGGAGGAGGCUUCUCUCAGCAAUAGGCUCAAGACGUAUGCCAACUUUCCAGAAGCACCUCAGGAGGAGGCUUCUCUCAGCAAUAGGCUCAAGACGUAUGCCAACUUUCCAGAAGCACCUCAGGAGGAGGCUUCUCUCAGCAAUAGGCUCAAGACGUAUGCCAACUUUCCAGAAGCACCUCAGGAGGAGGCUUCUCUCAGCAAUAGGCUCAAGACGUAUGCCAACUUUCCAGAAGCACCUCAGGAGGAGGCUUCUCUCACCAAUAGGCUCAAGACGUAUGCCAACUUUCCAGAAGCACCUCAGGAGGAGGCUUCUCUCAGCAAUAGGCUCAAGACGUAUGCCAACUUUGCAGAAGCACCUCAGGAUGAGGCUUCUCUCAGCAAUAGGCUCAAGACGUAUGCCAACUUUCCAGAAGCACCUCAGGAGGAGGCUUCUCUCAGCAAUAGGCUCAAGACGUAUGCCAACUUUCCAGAAGCACCUCAGGAGGAGGCUUCUCUCAGCAAUAGGCUCAAGACGUAUGCCAACUUUCCAGAAGCACCUCAGGAGGAGGCUUCUCUCAGCAAUAGGCUCAAGACGUAUGCCAACUUUGCAGAAGCACCUCAGGAUGAGGCUUCUCUCAGCAAUAGGCUCAAGACGUAUGCCAACUUUCCAGAAGCACCUCAGGAGGAGGAUUCUCUCAGCAAUAGGCUCAAGACUUAUGCCAACAUUCCAGAAGCACCUCAGGAGGAGGCUUCUCUCAGCAAUAGGCUCAAGACGUAUGCCAACUUUCCAGAAGCACCUCAGGAGGAGGCUUCUCUCAGCAAUAGGCUCAAGACGUAUGCCAACUUUCCAGAAGCACCUCAGGACGAGGCUUCUCUCAGCAAUAGGCUCAAGACGUAUGCCAACUUUCCAGAAGCACCUCAGGAGAAGGCUUCUCUCAGCAAUAGCCUCGAAGAGAUUCCUGAGGUGUCCCGCAUUACUAGACAGGAGCCUUACGUCACUGAAGAAACUCGUGUUUUGAAGGGCCAUCCCCGCCGCAAGUCGAGAACAUACCCCAGGUCCCCGCCGCAACUCGAGAAAAACCAUGAGACUUCCCUCUAG